CAGCGACGCGCACAAAAAGGGAAGGGAAAAUAUCUCUCGCCACACCCGCGACCGCGACCUCCCGACUGAGCGCUCUCCCUCUCCCUCGCCGAUGGCAUCUCAGAGCUCCACGCCCGCGGACGCCGCCGCGCCUUCGCCGGCGGCCGCAGCCACCGGAGAGGCGGCUGCGAGCCCCGCUUCCUCAACGCCGGCACAAAACCCUACCGCUGCUGCGACCGCGGCUGCCGGGGCCACGGAUCUGGAGAAGAAGAUGCGCCGCGCGGAGCGGUUCGGGACAGCGGUGGUGAUGUCCGAGGAGGAGAAGCGUAGCAGCCGCGCCGAGAGAUUCGGGACUGGAUCUUCAAAUGUAAAGGAUGAAGAAAAGAAGAAGUCCAGGGCUGAGAGGUUUGGCCUUGCCUCAUCAUCUUCUUCUGAUGAGGAGGCUAAGAAGAAGGCCCGUUUAGAACGAUUUGGUCAGGGCACAAAUGUUGACAAGGCAGAAGAAGAAAAAAGAAAGGCACGGGCCGCCAGGUUUGCAGAAACAUCCAGUGGAUCACCUCGGGAAAAUGGCAAGGACAACUCCAAGCCGGAUGCAGCCACUGUGACAGGCACAGCGUGAUCAGAGCACUCUGCCUUCGAUGAGGUCUCAGAUAUUAUCCGUGGAGACUUUUGGUGAAGCCAUAGCUUGUACACCACUAACUGCAUUGGACUGGGGACGUCAUGUGUUUCCCAGUCCCAGCCAUCUUACGAGAUGUUGGCUUUGUAUGACUCUUGCUUACGGUACUUGCUAGGCAGUGUAGCUAGGUUGCUGCCUGGUUUGUGGGAUGAUCAUGUACCUUCUGUUUCCCUCUUCAUUUGGUGACACGGUGAUUUCCUUUCCUUAAGCUGGUGUAGUCAGCUGUUAGAAGACAAGGCAGCACUGGUU